AUGACUAGCCGUCUCCCUGGGGAUAUGACUAACCGUCUCCCUGGGGAUAUAACAAGCCUUCUCCCUAGGGAUAUGACUAGCCGUCUCCCUGAGGAUAUGACAAGCUGUCUUCCUGGGGAUAUAACAAGCUGUCUUCCUGGGGAUAUAACAAGCCGUCUCCCUAAGGAUGUAACAAGCCGUCUCCCUGAGGAUGUAACAAGCCGUCUCCCUGAGGAUAUAACAAGCUGUCUUCCUGGGGAUAUAACAAGCUGUCUUCCUGGGGAUAUAACAAGCCGUCUCCCUAAGGAUGUAACAAGCCGUCUCCCUGAGGAUAUGACAAGCUGUCUUCCUGGGGAUAUAACAAGCCGUCUCCCUAAGGAUAUAACAAGCUGUCUUCCUGGGGAUGUAACAAGCCGUCUCCCUGAGGAUAUAACAAGCUGUCUUCCUGGAUAUAUAACAAGCCGUCUCCCUAAGGAUAUAACAAGCCGUCUCCCUAAGGAUGUAACAAGCCGUCUCCCUAAGGAUGUAACAAGCCGUCUCCCUGAGGAUAUGACAAGCCGGCUCCCUAGGGAUAUGACUAGCCGUCUCCCUGGGGAUGUGACAAGCCAUCUCCCUGGGGACAUAAGAAGCCGUAUCCCUGGGGAUUAG